AUCUACACAUAGCUUACCUAUACACUAAAACUUAAAGUGCAUCUCUAUAUUGAAAUGCGCAGAGUAUAGCACUAACUUACUACCAUACCUAGGCAUUACAUGGUGUUUAGGGUUUCGGUGUAAUCGAAGUAAAUAACGUGAGUCGUUCGUUUUAUUCCGGGAGAAAAGAGAAUUUUUCUCCUAACAGUGUCACAAUGCUUCGCGUGUUCAUCUAAACAAACCGUAAAGAAAAGGGAACAAAGAUGAUGUUUUGCUGUUUGAGAAACUGUUUCAACGGCCUUGGCUUUGCCGCAACUCAAACACAAAAGAGACAACCAAAUCCUAUAUCUUUAGACACGUCUUAUAUGGGACAUGAAGUUGUGAUAGUAAAAAAUGGUCUAAGAGUGUGUGGUCGUGGUGGUGCCUUAACAAAUGCUCCUCUUGUCCAAAGUAAAAGUUAUUUUGAAGUUAAAAUACAACAAGGUGGAAUAUGGGCCAUAGGAUUAGCCACUAGAUCUACAGAUUUAAAUGUUACAACUGGGGGAAAUGACAAAGAAAGUUGGGCCGUCAAUUUUGAUUCUGUUGUAAGGCAUAAUCAACAAGAAAUACAUAAGAUUCAAAGUCCAGUCCAAGAAGGAGAUAUUAUAGGUGUAUCUUAUGAUCAUAUAGAACUUAAUUUCUACUUAAAUGGAAAACAAAUUGGUGGUCCAAUUAUGGGUAUAAAGGGAACUGUGUAUCCAGUACUUUAUGUGGACGACGGGGCCAUUUUAGACUUAAUUUUGGAUAACUUUACUCAUCCUCCACCCACAGGUUUUGAAAAAAUCAUGCUAGAGCAAUCAUUACUCUAGCAAAAGAUACUAGUACUGAUAAGUAUCAAUCUCUUUAUACCUUGGUACUCAAAGCAUUUUAUGUCCAUCCUAUAUUUGUCUAAAAUUAAAGUAUGAAAUCAAAAAUUGUUCUAAUUUAGAUAAAAAUUCUUAAAACAUAAUUUUAUGGAUAAGA